AUGUUUAUUAAUAUUUCGGAUAUUGAUUUAUUUCGAUUUGAAACAAUUAAUGAUUUUAUUACACAUUCACUUAUAUCAAUUGAACAAAUAAAACAAUUAUUUGAUGAUAAUCAAGGAAAUUUUCCAUUUCCAAUACAACUUGAACAAUUUGUUCUUGAUCAUAUUUUUAAAUCAAAUUCAAAAAUAUUUAAACGUGAAACAUUUCGUGAUGAAUCUCUUAUUGAUUUAUAUACUUCAAUAUUAAAUGAUUUAUUACAUUGGUCAACUUAUACACAUAAACAAAUUAUUUGUAUUUUAACAUUAAUUCAAGGUCUUUUAUGUCAAAUUGAACGAACAAAUAAAAUAAAUUCUAGCAAAUUAGAUGAAGCAUUUAUUCAUUCAUGUUCAAUAUUAAUGGGUGGAAAUGAUAAUAAAAAAUCGAUUUUAUUUAAUACUCAACAAUAUCCAAAAGUAAUUGAUUAUAUUAUUCAAAUAAUUUUUCAACAUCGACAUUUAUAUGAAAUAUUACUCGAUGAAAAACCUCAACAAAUUGAAAAAAUUGAAGAAAAUAGAACAAUCGAUUUUCAUUUAUUUGAACAACCAAUUUUUCCUUAUCCAUUAACAGAAGCUCUUCCAUUAUCUAUUUAUCGUGAAAUUAUUCUUCAAAUUCCACCAACUCCAAAACUCAAUGAUGGAAUUGAUCCAGAUCAAUUUUCACGUGAAUCAUUAUCAAUUACUAAUGAAGAAACAAAUCUUGAUCUUAAUGAAACGAUUGACAAUAUAAAUCAUCAACAUCCAAAUAUAACACAUGAACAAAUUCGACAAAUAUUUGCUGAAGUUUCACAACAAUAUUUAUCUGAACAUAAUGAAAAUAUACAACAUAAAUUAAGAGAAAAAGAAAUUUCACUCUUAACAAAAUUUAGUAAUUUACAAUUAACUAAUAAAAAUGAAUAA